AAUGCACAGUCCUUAUGUUCAUUGGUUCCCACUUCCCACGCGUCCCAAUGCGCAGUAGGAAAACAAGAUGACCCUUCUCUCUCAAUGUACAUGUACUGUAAUAAUACUUUAAAAAAAAAAAGAGAGGAUGUACUGUAAAAAAUCUCGGGCACCAAGAUUUUGCAGAUAUCUUCCUGCAUAACUUGCUUGAACCCUUCAGUUCUUUUAAGUUCUGUGGUCUUGUACUCUUUGAGUUUGGUGACAAAGAAUUUAGAAAAAUAGGUAGUUUUUGUGUUUUUUAACUUUGAAGCCUGCAAUCCAUCCAUGGUGAACAUAUUCUUUUGUUCACAUUGAAGAUCAAAGCCGCACUUCUUAUAACUUGCACGGGGACUCAGAGGGGGAGGGAGGGAGUGAGAGACAGAGGGUGGGGUUUAAAGGGUUUUUCAGAGCUUUCAAGAGGUCCCAACUGUUCCAACUCCAUCCCAACCCAACCCAACCCAACCUCAUUUUCAGAUCUUUAUUAUUGUUGAAAAAAAAAUGUUGAAGAUGGAGUUAAUGAUCAUUUGCUUGUUCUUUCUCUGUUUUCUGGGUCUUACUGGCGCAGGUCAAGAAUCUAUUGAAUACCUUAGGCUUUAUGACACAACUCCGGAGGUUAUUCAUGCAUUACCUCACGGUGAUGUUCCUAUAGCAGUUGCUGUGAAUGGCAAUGUUCUCAGAGAGGUUUCUAGCAGUGUUUUGAAGGCUGAGAGUUGGGUCAGGCUUCAUGCUUUAGCUCACUUUCCAGCUGCCAAAAUCACUACCAUUCUUGUGGGUGAUACUAUUCUUUGUCAAAAUGGUAAAGGAGAAGAAGACAGUUUGGGUUUUUUACUACCAUCCCUCAAGAACAUUUAUCACUCUCUUACAAGGUGGGGUCUAGAGAAAGACAUCAAAGUGUCGGCUGUUUUUUCUUCCGAUUGUUUGAUGCAAAACUCUGUUGUUUUUACUGAUGAUUUGGGUAAGAAGGUGGUCAAAUCCCUGUUGGAGUUCUUCCAAAAUACAAACUCCACUUACUCCAUUAUUGCUCCUCCAAAUUUGUCUUCCUCUUUGCAUGAAACAUUGGUUUUACUCUCCUCACACCUGGAUUUCAUGAAAAGGUUUGGAUCUUUUGAGCUUAGAAAGGUCAAUGUCGUAUUCCCCAGUCAACAACCGAAAAAACCCAUAAGCAGGAAGCUGUCAAUGAUGGAUUCCAAGUUCGAAAGACCAUUCCCUGAUAGGCCAUCCCCUUUGCCACAAACCGCUCCUUCUACUGGCAUUUCUGCGCCUGCCAAUGUAGCCAAAACCCCUCAUCCUCCACAGUACCCUAUUGCUUCACUGCCUCCCAUUUCCUUCCCUGUUGACUCUCCACCACCAUUUUCCUUUCCCAUUGCUCCAGAGCUGCCUCCGCCUUUUGUUCCCGCCAGCUCACCUAGUGGCUUCCAUUUGCCUCCUUGUAAUCCAGCCUAUGACACUGCACCAGCACCAGAGACGGUGGUGGUGCAAAAGCUAUGGUGUGUGGCUAAGCCGAGUGUCCCUACGGAGACACUGCAAGAAGCAAUGGACUACGCUUGUGGUGAAGGCGGUGCUGAUUGUAAAGAACUUAUGCCAGAUGGGAGCUGUUUCUAUCCAGACACCAUUGUUGCUCAUGCUUCUUAUGCUUACAACAGCUACUGGCAAAAGACCAAGAGAAAUGGAGGAACUUGCAAUUUUGGAGGCACUGCUAUGAUUAUCAAUGCUGACCCAAGUUUCCUUGAGUGUCGGUUUGUUCUCAGCUGAAGAAUGGAGAAUGUUGGGAUUGUUUGAGUACAAUGUAGGAUGUGUGGGGUCUGAUUGCAAAGUGGAAUGUCUGGUUUUUACCCUUUAUUCUUAGUGAGUAGUUGUGGUGUAAGGCAUGUAGCAAGUAGGAGUUAGAAGAUCCAGUUUAUUUAUCCUAUGACUCAUUUGACUUUGAUUCCGUAUAUAAAUGCCCUUUUGCCUUGUUAA